CCACAGAUUACCCUGUAUCACGUGGUAUUGUCAUUGAGGCGGAAAUGAAAGUUAACUAGCGACAUCAGCGGAUCACAGCUAAAAAAGAGCUGUGAUGCAAUGGCAGCUGCCAGCGUGACCAGACCUGGCAGUGCCCAGACCACUGAGAAGUCUCAACUGACCUUGAAAGUGGUCUCGGCCAAGCCGCAGUCCCCGAAGCUGCCCAGCCGCAGCUCGCGGCUCAGCUCCUUUGUGGAGGUGACCGCCGACGGCCUGUCCAGCGAGACCAAGAAGACAGGCAAACGCAGCGGACACCUGGAACUGCAGUGGAACGAGGACCUCACCCUCAACGUGACCCCUCAGAGUCGCCUGGACCUGAAGCUGUGGAGCUGUCACACACUGAGGAAGGAGCUACUGGGCAGUGCCACCAUAGACCUACUGGACACACUGCGCACCCACCAUGGCAAAAUGGAGAAUGUGCAGCUGAGUCUGGUGCUGCAGACGGAGAACAAAGGCUCAGUUGUAGCAGGAGGCGAGCUCACCGUGUGUCUGGACGGCCUGGUUGUUGAUCUGGGCUCCCUGCCCAAUGGCAGCAUGGCAACAGACAAGAUGCUGCAGUCAGACAGACCCGGCCUGAGGAGAACCCAAAGUGAAGAGACUCCCGCCGCAGCCGUACCCCGCAGCAGAAGCAACCGGCUCUCAGCGGGGGGGUCCCAGGGCGGGUCCCCGGGGCCCGCCAGAGGGGGGUCCAUGACCAACGGGGAGCUGGGCGAGGAGCCGGGCCCCGUCGCCGGGUCAACACCGUCCGGGCGGCCCCGCCCCUCCAAGGUGUCCCACGGCAGCCCUGGAGGCAGCACAGCCAAAGCGGAGCUGACCGCCAACGGGCUGGAGAACGGCCGGGCCGGCCCCGCCUGCCACACCCCUCCCCCGGCCUCCCCGUCCGUCAGGUCGCCGGCCCCGGCCAGCGCGGCGGCCAGCGCGGGCGGCGGCGGCAGCAGUAGCAGCAGCGGCAGCAGCCCCUCCCUGGCCCAGGAGGCCCCGAUCCUCGCGCCCCCGUCGGAGCCCGGGCCGGCCGGCGCCUCGGGCGCCGAGCUGCCCGCCGCCGCCGCCACGGAGCAGCUGGUCAGCGACUCUCUCCCGGCGGGCUGGGAGCAGAGAGUGCUGCCUCACGGCAGAGUUUACUACGUCGACCACAACACCACAACCACCACCUGGGAAAGACCACUGCCCCCGGGCUGGGAGAAGCGUGUGGACCAGCGGGGUCGCUUCUACUACGUGGACCACAACACGAGGACCACCACAUGGCAGAGGCCCACCGCAGAGUCGGUGCGCAACUAUGAGCAGUGGCAGAGCCAGCGGAACCAGCUGCAGGGCGCCAUGCAGCAGUUCAGCCAGCGCUUCCUCUACCAGUCCACCGCGGCUCCUGUGGAGAAUGACCCCCAGGGCACACUACCUACUGGAUGGGAGAAGAGACAGGACAAUGGGAGAGUGUACUACGUCAACCACAACACCCGCACGACACAGUGGGAGGACCCGCGCACCCAAGGGAUGAUCCGGGAGCCCCCUCUGCCCCCCGGUUGGGAGAUGAAGUACACCGCAGAGGGCGUCCCGUAUUUCGUGGACCACAACUCUCGCGCCACCAGCUUUAAAGACCCCCGUCCCGGGUUUGAGGCCGGGUCACGGCAAGGAGGUUCCCCAGGGGCCUACGAUCGCAGCUUCAAGUGGAAAUAUCACCAGUUCCGUUUCCUGUGCCACUCCAACGCCUUGCCCAGCCACGUGAAGAUCUCCGUGUCCAGACAGACGCUGUUUGAGGACUCGUUCCAGCAGAUCAUGAACGUGAAGGCGUACGACCUGCGGCGGAGACUGUACAUUAUCAUGAGAGGGGAGGAGGGGCUAGACUACGGAGGCAUAGCCCGGGAGUGGUUCUUCCUCCUGUCCCACGAGGUGCUCAACCCCAUGUACUGCCUGUUCGAGUACGCCGGCAAGAACAACUACUGCCUGCAGAUCAACCCCGCCUCCUCCAUCAACCCCGACCACCUCACCUACUUCCGCUUCAUCGGGCGCUUCAUCGCCAUGGCCCUGUAUCACGGGAAGUUCAUUGAUACAGGCUUCACACUGCCCUUCUACAAGCGCAUGCUCAACAAGAAGCCCACCCUCAAGGACCUGGAGUCCAUAGACCCCGAGUUUUACAACUCCAUCAUGUGGGUCAAAGAGAACAGCCUAGAGGAGUGCGGCGUGGAGCUCUACUUUGCGCAGGACAUGGAGAUCCUGGGGAAGGUGUCCACGCACCAGCUGAAGGACGACGGGGAGAAUGAGCUGGUGACGGAGGAGAACAAGGAGGAGUACAUCAGCCUGCUGACCGAUUGGAGGUUCACGCGGGGCGUGGACGAGCAGACCAAGGCCUUCCUCGACGGCUUCAACGAGGUGGUGCCGCUGGAGUGGCUGCGGUACUUUGACGAGAAAGAGCUGGAGCUGAUGCUGUGCGGGAUGCAGGAGAUUGACCUUGCAGACUGGCAGAAGAACACCAUCUACAGACACUACACCAAAAACAGCAAGCAGAUCCACUGGUUCUGGCAGGUGGUGAAGGAGAUGGACAAUGAGAAGAGAAUCCGUCUCCUCCAGUUCGUCACAGGGACCUGUCGCUUGCCCGUCGGGGGCUUCACCGAACUCAUAGGGAGUAAUGGUCCCCAGAAGUUCUGUAUAGACAAGGUGGGGAAGGAUACUUGGCUUCCAAGAAGCCACACGUGCUUCAACCGCCUGGACCUGCCCCCCUACAGGAGCCUGGAGCAAUUGAGAGAGAAGCUGCUGUUUGCCAUCGAGGAGACUGAGGGAUUCGGCCAGGAGUGAGGGGGGGCAGGGCGAGAGAGUUGCACAGAAAGCAGGCACACAGGCGGGGGAAGGGGGGCUUAUGGGAUAGCUUUUUGUUUUUUCUUUCUUCCCCAACUGUUACUCUUUGGUUUUUAAUUAUCACCGAGACGUGAAGCGCCCCGCCCUCUGCAGAUCGGAGCUGCCUCUCGCGUGGGGGUCAUCGUGUUGUGAGCGGGAGAGCAGACUGGGAAAGGAGGAGCAUAUGUUUGAUUCAGCACCUAUGUGUGCCUGCACAUUGUCAUACAAAUGGAUGUGUGUGAUUGUGUGUCUGUAUGUCCCAUCUGAAUAAGUGUUAUGUUUCACUAAGAGCCCAACACUCUCACACACACACACACACACACACACACAAACACACACCCGAAAAAACACAAACAACCUCCCCCCAAAAAAGGAUUUCCUCCUGUUCUCGCUGAGACAAGCGCUUGUCAACGCUUUCCUCCAGUGAGUUAAUACAGGCUUACUUCAAACAGCAUUCACAAUAAUAGCACAGCUUCAUGCAAAUGCAGUAUAUCAUAUCUAUCGAAGAGAUGUUUAAUAGGAACACGAGAGAAAGAAUAAGAGUGAAGAAAGAUUGUGUAUGUGUGAUGACAUGUCGAGUGUGUGUACUUGUGUGUGUGUGUGUGUGUGUGUAACGAGGAGAGGCAGUGAAUGAGUGCCACUAACCAUAACUUGUGCACCUUUGCUGCAGAGGCCAGGAAGGUGAAAUGUGAUUUUAUUUUUAUUGUCCAUCAAUUGUGAGAUUCUGCAUUUUUCCUGUACAUAGACAAAAUAAAUGAGACUUCACUCUUGAA